AUGGAAAUAAUAGCUCCAGAUAUAUCAGAAUAAAUAACAGAUAAAGAAAAAUAACUGUUCAAUUACCUUUUGAAUUUUAUAAAUUAAAAAUAUAUAGAUGUAACAAUGCGAAUAGCAGGAGGAUGGGUUAGAGAUAAAAUUUUAAAAAAAGAAUGUCAUGAUAUAGAUAUUGCAUUAGAUAAUUUAAUGGGAGAAGAUUUUUUAAAUUAAUUUACUGAAUUUAUAAAAGAGAAUGGUUAAUAAAAUUUAAUAUCUAAAAUCGGAAUUAUUAAAUCAAAUCCGGAAUAGUCUAAGCAUUUGUAAACUGCCACAUGUUCUAUUUUCGGAUUUGACGUAGAUUUUGUUAAUUUAAGAGGUGAAGAAUAUACUGAAAAUUCUAGAAUUCCUUAUAUUAAAUUUGGUACACCUUUGUAAGAUGCAGAAAGAAGAGAUUUAACUAUAAAUGCUUUAUUUUAUAAUAUAAAUUAAAAUAAAAUAGAAGAUUUUACAGGAAAAGGUAUUAAUGAUUUAUAAAAUAAAUUUAUAAGAACUCCUUUAGAACCAUUAUAAACAUUUUUAGAUGAUCCUUUAAGAAUUUUAAGAACUUUUAGAUUUGCAUCUAAAUUUUAAUAUUAAAUAUCUCCAGAGAUAAUAAAAGCGUUAAAAGAUGAAAGAAUAAAAUCAAAUCUUUCAUCUAAAGUAAGUAAAGAAAGAAUAAGAACAGAACUUACAAAAAUUAUUUUAGAUUAAAAUUGUAUUUUAGGUCUAAAAUAUAUAUACGAAAAUAAUUUAUGGCCUGUAGUAUUUGAAAUAAAUGAAAAUUGCGAUGAAAUAAAAAAUUAAGAUUUUUAUUUAAAAAAAUAAUAAGAAUCUUAUUAAAUGUCUAUAUUAGCUAUUUAACAUAUGGAUAUAAUUUUAUAAAAAGAAAUCUUUAAAAAUAAUUAUUCAUAAUAAGAUAUUAAAUUAAUAUUUAUUAUGAGUUGUAUAGCCUUUCCUUUUACAUAAUUAACUUUUAAAAAGGAAAAAAUUCUAUUUCUGUGGUAUAAAAUUUAGUUUUUGAUUAAUUAAAAUUUCCUGAUAAAACUGUAAAAAUUUGUACUAUUAUUAUUACAGUAUGUGAAAGUGCUUAAGUUUUUUAACAAAUUGUUAAUAAAAAUUUUGAUUAUGAAUUCAAUAAUAUCGCCUUGCUUAUUAAAAAAUAAGGAAAUAUAUGGCAAAUGGCUUUUUAU